UGUAGAUUCUUAGGUUAUGUUUUUAUUUUGUUAUGUUUCAGGGAUUUAAAUAUUUUUAAAUUAUGAAUAAUAAGGAGAAAGAAACUGCAUUUACGGACGAAGACAGGUUAAAGUUAGCUGCUAAACUUGAUCUAGAGUUGGAUGAAUUCAUAAAUAAUUUACCCAAACGAAAAUACGAAGAUGGGUGGCCCGAAGAUCGCUGGGAAGAAGAAAUGGAGAAACCUUUUUUUAUGAAACAGUCUCCUCAACCUGGUCAACACCUACAUCCAUUGUACGAGGGACUCCAAAAACUGAAAUACGAUCCUAAUGAGAACGAACCUCAUGAAUUGGCUGUAGCAUAUAAAGAUGAUGGAAAUUUUAACUUUAAACAUAAAAACUAUAGGUUGGCAAUUGUAGCUUACACUGAAGGCAUUAAACAGAAAUGCGGAGAUGCAGAUAUUGAGGCUAGUUUAUAUAAUAAUAGAGCGGCAUCUCAUUGGUUCCUUAAAAAUUACAGGUCUUGCCUACAUGACUGUGAGUUAGCCUUAAAACUUAAGCCUGAUUAUGAUAAAGUUUCGAAUAGGGCUGCUCAUUGUUCAUACCAAUUGGGGCAAUAUGACAAAGCUGUCGAAUUCUGUGAUUUAAUUUUGGAAAAAAAUAAAACCGAUAAAGAUAUCUUGAAAUUAAGAAAAAAAUGUGUUAAUGAUGCGAAAUUAAAAGACAGAAAUACGAGGAAAAAAUAUUUAGAAGAUAAAAAGAAAAAACAAAUUGAAAAUACUUUAAUUGAAGAGAUUUUGAAGAGGGGAUACAAUAUUGAGAGAAAGGGAAAUUUAAAUCUGAGUCAUUUAGAACCAUGUUUUCCGGAACUAGUAAAUUCAAGAGUAUAUUUAGAUGACCAGGAGAAUGUUUUGAUUUGGCCUGUAGUACUAGUUUAUCCAGAGUAUAAGAUUAUGGAUUAUAUACAACAAUUUCCAGAAAAUGUUUGUUUCUAUGAGCAACUUGAGGUAGUUUUUAAUACGUAUCCAGAGUGGGAUGUAAAGCAAGAAUAUAAAGUUGAUAAUUUAAAUGUGUAUUUCGAGACUGAAAAACAAGAUUUAGUAAGAGUUGAUGUUAGUAAAAGUCUAAAAGAAAUAUUGCAAGAUAAGAAGUAUGUUAUUAGAGCUGGAACUCCAUCUUUUCUAGUUGUUGUUAGGGGAAGUACCGUUGAAAAACAUUUGUUAAAUAAAUAAUAAUAAAAAUCAAAACUGUUAUAU